UUCGAACGAUCCCGAUGGAGGUUCAAAUGUGUUGUAUAUAAAAGCAGUUCAUCUAUCACUAUAGUUAUACAGAUCUGUAUACCAGGAAAUCUCACACAAUGGCCAGAGUUAUCUUUUUAGUCGUCGUACUGUGUUGUGCUACAGCUGAAGUUAUAAAUGUCGAAGACUGUGGAUCUGAGACUGGAACAAUAAAUCAGGUGGAAUUAACUCCGUGCCCCACAGAACCAUGUCAAGUGAAGAGAGGAGACAGCGCCACACUGUCAGUAAAAUUCACACCAAAGGUGGAUUCGACGACAUUUACAUCUGAGCUGCAGUACGCCAUUGUCGCUGGAGAACCACUGAGCAUACCACAUCAGAACGUGAAAAUGUCCAGCUCAAUAACUGCAAACAAUGAAGUGGUAUACUCAAACGUCGUGAGUGUGAUGCAGACUUAUCCAAAAGUUUCGCUUUCGAUCACCCUUAAAAUUCAAGACGACAAUGCCAAAGACCUUGUGUGUUUUGUCUGGCCCAUCCAGAUUGUGGAUUAGAGGUUUCACGACGCAAUGGACUGCCGACAUUGUGGACUGCUUAAUUGACCAUCAUUGGACCUAUACCUUGGUGCGUCCGACCGCGACAUAGGAACUCAAUGAAUAGAGAUACAUGUACAUGUAAUUCUUAUAUAUUUUCUUUUCACAAUA